AUGGAAUUGGGAUGGCGGGUAAAGUCGGAGUGGUCUGAUGAUUCUUUGGACAGGUCAAUAACCCUAGUGACGAGGAGAUGGGAAUUCUCGAAUUCCAGUUGUGCGGGCGGAAAUGCAGGUCCAAAAGACAAGGACCCACCGCCAUUAUCUCAUCCUACAUGCGAGAAUGAAACUUAUUAUGCACCUAGGGUCCGAAGGCAUGGUUCUGCAUACCAAUUACGAAAUACAAAUGCGAGUGUUAAUUAG